AUGGAGUACAAGGUUGUUUUAGGGGACUGGGAUUCUCUACAGCCUCCUGCGCGCCUAGUUCGCGAUGAGGUCUUUAUUCAGGAACAGAAGGUCCCAGUCGAAGAGGAAUGGGACGACAUGGACAAGGAGUGCUUACAUGCUGUUGCGUAUGACAAGAACGGUGAGACUUUGGGCACUGCGAGGUUACUGCCAGAUGGCCAUAUUGGUCGCAUGGCUGUCAGGAAGAUAGGUCGCGGCUUCGGCGUUGGAGGGGCAAUGCUCAAGCUGUUGAUUCUGCAGGCGAAAGAGCGCGGGCACAAAGAAGUGGUGCUCAGUGCACAAAUCCAUGCAGAAAAGUUUUACACUCGCCAUGGAUUCGUUCGUGAGGGUGAGGAGUACAUGGAUGCUGGGAUUCCGCAUGUACAAAUGCGACAUGUCUUUGUGUAA